AUGCCAUACACAAGACACUCGACGUCCACAACUACGACGGUCAACAGAAGGCACACAAUACCAGAGCCUACAGAGUAUGAAACAGAGGACUACUCUGACUACGACAGCCUAAAGCAAGGUGAUUACGAGUCCCAGGUCUGCAACAACAGCAAUGUAAUGGAUUUUAGCCAAGUCUUCCUCCCUACAGUCUACAGCAUUGUCUUCAUUGUGGGGUUCAUUGGCAAUGGCCUGGUGUUGUGUGUCCUGGUCAAGUAUCACAAACCAUUCAACAUGUCAGAUCUGUGCCUCUUCAACCUGGCCAUUUCAGACCUCCUCUUCCUUAUCUCAUUGCCUUUCUGGGCCGACUAUGCUGCCAACUCUAAUUGGGCCUUCCCAGAGUUCAUGUGCCAUGCAGUGACAGCACUCUACAUGCUGGGCUUCUAUGGAAGUAUCUUCUUCAUGAUCCUUAUGACAGUGGACCGCUAUGCCGUCAUCGUCCACACCUCUACCUCCCUCAUCCCCAAGCACCGGUCUGUCAGAGCUAGCAUAGCACUGGCUUUGUUUGUGUGGACACUGAGCUUGGGAGCCUCUCUGCCAAACAUCAUUUUCUCAAAAGUGAAGAAUACCGGUACACUUGAGAAUGCAACAAAAUGCAUGGUGGAAUAUUCAGAAAGGAAAGUGUGGAAGUCAUUCCAUUACACUCAGCUGAACAUCCUUGGUUUUAUUAUUCCUCUUUCAGUGAUGCUGUUCUGCUACUCGCGUAUCAUCCCCAUCUUAAUGACCAUGCAGUCUCAGAAGAAGCACAAAGCUGUUCGGCUCAUGGUGGUCUUGGUUACUGUUUUUUUCCUCUUCUGGACGCCCUACAACAUCGUCAUCUUCCUGAAGCUCCUGCAAGAACUGGGCUACAUGACCAGCCAUCAUUGCUACCAGGACCUGCACAUGGCUAUACAGUGGGUGGAAUCCAUAGCAUUCUGUCACUGCUGCCUCAACCCCAUAAUUUAUGCCUUUGUGGGGCAGAAAUUCAGGAAUUUAUUUUUAAAGAUCCUGAAAGAGUGGUUUCCUCUUUGCUUUGGCCAUUGCACAACAGUUGAAAGCAAGUCCUCAGAGAGGACGACCUCCAAGUACUCACACGCCUCAAUGAUUUCCAGCACAAAGGCAAAAUUAAAAGUGUAACUGUUAUCGCUUGUU